CCUUGAACGGCCUCUGUGUACGAAUGUCUGCUUGAAGGCCUCUACGCUCGCUGUUCGUUUGUACCGCUCGCUGUCUCUCUUGUCACCCAGCAGCCACACCUGCCAACACCCUUCCUAGCGCAGAUCAUCGCUCCACAAUUGUCCAGCCUCAACGCAAUGGCUGAAGUCGAACCACAGAGCAUCAAGUCGCGCAUCGCGGCCCUGAACCUUGAAAAGGUCCACGCACCUGCUCCUGGCUUGCGACCGACAUACAGCUACGAUGCAGUCACCACCGCGAAGAAGAAACCGCCCCCACCUCCCCCGGCGCAACGGCCUCCUCAGCUGCGCUCCCAGACCGCGAACAACCCUCCAGUGCUCGACAGCGCGACUGCCUCCACGCAUCGCAUAGGCAAUCAGCCGCAAACAGAGAAGCCCGCUCCGCGGGUCUCUCCUGCGCUCCCACCACGUCCACCGCCCCGAACCACCAGCCAGCAGUCGCCAGCCUUACCACCGCGCAAGUCCUCCGACCGCAGCGUGGCUCGGCGCGAGUCUUCUGAGUCUAUAUCCACGAUCGCCUCGGGCGUCUCGACACUGUCACUGGGUUCGGUCAAGACAAACGGCAGCAAUGGGAGCGUACUGUACCAGGUGCGCGCGCCGGCGUACGACCCUUCGAAACUGCCCCCUCUGCCACCGAAGAAACAGGAGGAGCAGAAGAGUGCUACGAGGGCGGCUAUGACUUCGAAGAAGAGUGUUGUUGUCAGUCGGGAGUUGCCGCCUCAACUCAAAACGUCAGCUCCAGCGUUGCCCUCGAGACCAUCGCUACCACCUAGACAGUCUACAAAUGCAUCAGAAUGCUCGCCUGAGAGGCAAGUACCAGCACUACCCUCUCGACCUACAACAACCACCCAAGUCAAGCGAGCCAUCGUACCACCACCGCAACGAUCCGCCCUCUCGUUCGGGUUCAACAACAAAUCUACAGUGGAGCCGCCUCCUGUACCCUUGAGUCGACCAGUACCAGCUCCUAAUGCAGGUGUGCCGCCUCCGAUCCCCACGUCGUCGAGACCUAACUUUGAUGCGAUUAUGGCAUCGAAGCCAAAGCCAGGGGCGGUCGCCCAAUGCCUCAUAUGUCGCGACUUCUCAGGGCCGGACAACCAUGCUGCCAGGUUUCCUCGGCAACAGCUACCCUCGUCAGAUGUCGGCUAUCUUGCUGAUCAACUUUGUGCCCCGUUCUCGUCAGCCACUGACAAGGCGAGAGCCAUUUUCACGUGGCUACAUCACAACGUCGAUUACGAUGUCAAGAACUUCUUCGCUGGCACCAUCCAACCGUCAACACCAGAGAAAACGAUCACGAGUGGCAUGGCUGUAUGUGAAGGCUAUGCUGGUCUUUUCGCAGCUCUUGCGCUCAAAGCAGGACUCGAAUGCAUUGUGAUCUCGGGUGCAAGCAAAGGCUUCGGGCAUGCCCCGAUGGGUCCCAACGAUGCAUUACCACCCUACAAGAUGACGCACGCCUGGAACGCUUGUCGCAUUGACAACGGUGUAUGGAAGCUCGUCGAUCCCUGCUGGGGUGCCGGUCACCUUGGUUGUCAACUUAAGAACGAAGGCUACAAGCGAUCCUUCAGUGCUCAAGAGUUCACGUCGUCCAACAUCGACUUCGGCAUGAGACAUUUCCCUGGAGAUACCUCACAACAGUUUCGUGAAGACGGACGUGUGCUCUCGUACGAAGACUUCAUGAGAGAUGAUGCAGGCGGCAGACUGAUGAUCUUCGAGGGCGUUAAGAAUGAGGGUCUUGGCGAGCGCACUUUCCAGCCUGCGCAGCUCAACAUCAAAGUCCAUGACCCAGCCGGUCCGCCUGUCAUCCGCUUCCAGUUCGCCUCCGUCUGUGAGCACUGGGAUAAUGCACGACACGGGAAGGGCGCGCCAUAUGUCAUGUUGCUGUCCAUCGGUGGGGUUGAUGGCCGGAAAUCUGAAUACCGUCCCUUUAGUACGAACGGACAGGUUUGGUGGCUUGAUAUCAAUCGCGCUGAAUUGGGGUGUGCGGGUCAGAAGGUCAACGUGUAUGCAGUGACGGAGUUCUGCAAGAAGGACGCACGAGGCUUGACGUACGAGCAGUGGAACAACAAGACGGCCUAUAGUUGCCAGUUUGGAGGCAUUGCGAUGUGGCAACUUCUUGGAUCAUGGCUCACCACAAUUCCUUCCCAUCCUCAUUUCCCAGAUAGCCCAAAGCCGUGUGCCGAGGGUCGUUCUCGAAUUCAAGGCCGAAAAUUGAUAGACUUCGACACUCGAUUGUCUAGCAGUUAUCUGCAAGCGGUAGGUCGUCAAAGCCAGCACCUCCAAAGCUCCCGUCCGAACCCUUCAGCAAUCAUGGCGUCGGGCUUCAUCGGUAUCUCGGUCAUCGUCACUCUGCAGAACCCGCCAAACACGCUCGUACACGGCGUGGUCGCGGCCGUUAACCCGCAGAAUGCCACUUUGACCCUGCAGGAUGUGUACUUUCCUGCAAGCGGCCACCGCCUCAACUCGUACAAUGUCGAAGGGCACGCGAUCGCCGACAUAAAAGUCAACGUACCCGCGCCCGCGCCCGCGCCUGCUGCCCAGCAGGCUGCCCCGCCUCGCUCGAACCCUACACCGUACGCGCAGUAUCCGUCGAACCAUGUGCAGCAGCCUCCGCGACAGUUGGCUCAGCAGUAUGGCAGUCAGCCUGCUACGCAACAGCCCACCCAGGGCGUCGGCCAGCCUGCGCCCCAGCCUGUAGCCCAAGCACAGCCAGCACCCUUCGUCGACCCCGCGAUCCUCAGCAUGGGCAAGCGAGCGCCGCGCGCUCCAGCCUCCAGCCUCCCCGUGACUGCGCUGCCCCAAGAAGCUCCUGCCACGCCCAUCAAGCCUGUGGCUGCUACGACUGCUGCGCCUCCAGCCAAAACCACGUCCCCCUUCAUUGGGCAGGCGAAGCGAGGCAGUGUCGCGAAGCAGAGUGCAGCGACGCUGGCAGGCCCGUUCUCGUCACUCGAUAUCGCGGACGCCGAGGAGGCUGACAGCGAGACGAAGACAGCCAUGCCGACAGUGCGACGAGCAAGUAUCAAUAAGACUAGGAACGGCAAGCCGAUGGAGGACGUGAGCCCAGAGAAGAACGACGAUGGAGGCAAGAGGACAAGGAGAGGCGGCAAAUCUCGUAAGAAGGAACUUGCAGCCCAGGAAAGGAGGAACGGUAGCGACAACCCAACCAAGGGCAACGGCUGGAGGAGCACCCCGAUGCUUCAGGCUGUUGAGGAGCCUCAGACGCGCACCCCUGGCGUAAUUGCUGGCAGGGUUGGGCUUGAGGCAGCAAAUGCUUCUGUGCGCAAGUCGCGGCGGCAGAAAGCGCUUGACGCUACAAACGGAUGGGCCACAGAAGAUGCCACCGAUGUUCAGGACAUGCCUGAAUUCGACUUUCAAGCUAACCUCUCGAAGUUCGACAAGCGCACUGUAUUCGACCAGAUUCGGAAUGAGGACACGACCGCAGACGAGGACCGUCUUGUCAGCUUCAACCGACUCGCACGACCAGGGACACAUGGUGGCAAGAACCUACACCCCACGGAGAACGUAUUGGACAACGCGAAGGCAAAGAGCACUUCGAACACAAGCUCCGAGGACGACUCGGAUAUUGGAAGCCGUAAUUCCAGGCGCGCCAUGUCUCGAGCUUCUGUGUCUGUGAAGAGAGCGCCGACAAGACAGGGUAGCGGAAUCCAAGCUGGUCAUUUGGAGAUGCUAGGCUCUGGGCUACUACCACGUACAAACCGCUCUCUCAUCGGCACCCAAUACGCAUCCUCGCACGGUGCUACUGGAAGCCCGAAAUUAGGGAAGAUUGCCACCCCCCCGGACUCGCCAUUCGAUUCAAGCUCGAAGGGAUGUCUACGCCUCGUCACCAACAACCGCAAAUGCCACACCGUCACACCCGGCGGUAUGCUUGCAGUUGAGGAGAUGGCUGAAUUUGAAUUUGGUCUCACUGAGGAACUCAUCGCCGAAAAUGCGGGACGCGGUAUCGCAGAAGUCACACUCAAAGCCAUCAACCCUGGCGGCCAGCGCCUCUCUCGCGAAAAUCCCAACGCGCGCCCCGUCAUCGUCGUGCUUGCAGGGAACCACCGCGGCGGCGCGCGAGCCAUCGCAGCAGCGCGGCAUCUCCUCGCGCGCGGACCUAAAGUCAUGGUCGCCUUGCUCGGCUUCGAGCGCAACGCAGACUGGGACCGCGACGUGCGACGGCAAGUCGAUCUGUUCAAGAAGUUCGGCGGUUCAGUGCGCGCCUGGUCCGACACAGAGGGCGCGCUGAAACGCCUCCACGCACCUCCCGAACUCAUCAUCGACGCGCUACUCGGCCGACAUAAAGAAUUCGAUGCCCUCGGCGAAGCCGACAGAGCCACCGUUCUCAGCAUCGUCGGCUGGGCGAACAAGUCCCGCGCUGCUGUGCUCGCUGUCGAAACACCGUCUGGUGUUGCUGGAUCGACGGGUGAGGUCGCUAUCCUUGAAGGCGAGCCCCUGGAGGUCCGGGCCAAGUACAUUGUGUGUCUUGGUGCGCCAAGGAGCGGGUUGGUGAGGGCGCUGCAAAAUGGCGCUGGGCGCGAUCCGGCGUGGAGUGUUUGGCUGGUUGACAUUGGGGUCAACAAGCCCUGGCGGAAUGCGGGGAUUAGUGGAGGGAAGGGGAUUAAGUUCGAUGAGCACUGGGUUGUGCAGGCGAGGUUUGUGGAGGAUGGAGAGGGAAGAGCGUAGAACGGUGGGAGUGUAUGGUGAUUUGGUUUCAUGCAUUGCGUGGGCGUUUGAUGGAGCGUUGGAUACGCUGCUCACAGGAAGGAAAAUAUAGAUACCAGAAGCCCAAGGAGGCAUAACUUAGCAAUUGAAGUACUCAAGACG